AAUAUGCAUGAAAGUCAGAUUGUAUUGAUACUCAGCAAAAACAAGGUAAAUUGUCAAUAUUAAUUAAUCCUUUUCUUUUACUGAAAUGCAAGUUGCUGUUCUGCUGGAGCUGAGAAGAGGUCUACAGCCUGCAGUGGGUCCAUCUCUCUCAAGUUAUCACAGUAUUGUAGCUCUCAAAGUUCAAAAAAGUAUGGUGGAAGCUAUUGCCAAGGUUCCGACCAGAAAAGAACGCCAGUAUAAAAGUGUCCACACCACUGGUCUGUACUACAGGGGAUGGACAGCACAUCGAGCGCCCUCGACUGAAGCCAACCUUGUCCCGGAACUUGGUGCUUCACAACUUUGCAGCAGCACUUCGUUUGCACGGCCUGUGGAGACAAGGUUUCUUAGACAUGGCCAUGGCCCUCAAGGAAGAUGCCCAGGCCACAGGCAAUUCCUUCAGUGACCGUGAAAAGGUCCCCUGGGUCCCAAGCCUAAUUGGCAACCCC